AUGGAAAUGGGGGGGUCCCGCAGCCUCGGUCCCCUCGCCGCCCCCUCCCUGGCGGCCCAGGAGCUCUCCGCGCCGACGGCGGAAAGUUGGGGGAAAGUUUGCCCAGCCGCGGCCGGCCGAGCGCCGCCGCGCCUCCCGCGCCAAGGCGAAGCAGCCCGACUUACCGCGCUGGCUCGGCCCCCGCCGAGUGGGGGGCGCGGGCGGCCCCUCCGCCGCCUCGACAGCUCCGGCCGGGCGCGCGGCGCAGCGGCCGGGAGGAGGACGCGGCGCAGCCCGCGGGAGACAAUGGGCGGGCGGGCGCCCUCUUCGCUUUCCAGCCCGGGCUCCGCGCAGCCCAGCGAAGGCGCGGCCGCGCUCGAGGGAAGGCGGGCGGCGGCGGCGGCGGCGCGGGAGAGGCGCUCGCAGUGCCGGCGCUCGGGCGCGCUCUCGCUCCGGCAGCCGGUGCCCGCGGCCAGUCGUUCCCCGGCGCAGAGCCGAGAGCGGCCCCAGCCAGCGAGCGAGGCAGGCGGAGAGAGCCCCUCCCACCGGCCCGGCCGGCCCCUCCCCUCCCCGCCGCGCUCGCCUCGCCUCUGCGCCGCGCUCGCCGCCGCCCCGCCCGCCCGCGCGGCCGCCCGCGUCCCCGGCUCGCCGCUGCUGCUGCCUCCUGCGCGCUCUCCCGCGCCGCAGUGCUGGCGCGCUCCUCCGCCGGCGCCGGGAAGGGGGACCCGCGCCGCGCUCGCCCGGGCCCUGGCCGGGCCGGGCGCCCUCUCCCCGCCGGGCUGCAGUGGGGAGGGGGCGCCCCGACACUCUCCCCCCGUAAGUUCCCUCUCACCACCGAAGAUCAAUAGCACAGCUCGCGAGUUUGUCCUUAAAAGGCGCGCAAAGCUUAGGCUGCCCACGGGCCCGCCUCUCUCCAUGGGGAGCCCGUUGCCGGUUUACCGGGAGCAUCCUGCGUGGAUUCCACGGAUCGUGAAACGGAUCGCCCCACAGCUCUGA